AGCUGAGAAUGAAGCGGAGAGCAUCGGACAGAGGAGUUGGGGAAACGUCGGCCAGGGCGAAGGCUCUAGGAGGUGGCAUUUCUGGAAAUAAUGCAAAGAGAGCUGGACCAUUCAUCCUGGGCAGGAUGCCAGCAGGGGACAGCGAGCAGUGUCCAUCUCCAGGAGUACAGAAGUGCCCCAAACCUGGGCCCCGACAGGGGCCAGGCGGCCACCGCCGACGACCAGGGGAGUUCCCAAAGCUCUAGUUCCUCCUCCUGGAGAUGCUGACUCAAGGCUCCAGGUUGCCGCAGGGACCUCUGCUUUUACCACCGGCUCCUCAGAGGUUCCAGCACACCCCCGCCGUUGAAAACCCCUCCGUCUGGGAGCCGGCCUGGAAGAGUCAGGUGUCCCUCAGGCACAUGCGUCCCCGUCUGGGCAACUCCCCGGUGCCGAGCAUUGUGCAGUGUUUGGCGAGGAAAGACGGCACAGAUGACUUCUAUCAGCUGAAGGUCUUUGUGUGUGUGUGUGCCUUCCUAAAGAUCCUCACCCUUGAGGAGAGGGGGGACCAAGGAGUAGAAAGCCAGGAGGAGAGGCAAGGCAAGAUGCUGUUACACACCGAGUACUCUCUGCUCUCCCUCCUCCACACGCAGGACGGCGUGGCGCACCACCACGGGCUCUUCCAGGACCGCACCUGUGAAAUUGUCGAGGACGCGGAAUCCAGCCGAAUGGUUAAGAAGAUGAAGAAGCGCAUCUGCCUUGUCCUCGACUGCCUCUGCGCACACGACUUCAGCGACAAGACCGCCGACCUGAUCAACCUGCAGCACUACGUCAUCAAGGAGAAGAGGCUCAGCGAGCGGGAGACCGUGGUCAUCUUUUACGACGUGGUGCGCGUCGUGGAAGCCCUGCACCAGAAAAACAUUGUGCACAGAGACCUGAAGCUUGGGAACAUGGUGCUCAGCAAGAGGACGCAUCGGAUAACCAUCACCAACUUCUGCCUCGGGAAGCAUCUCGUGAGCGAGGGGGACCUGCUGAAGGACCAGAGGGGGAGCCCUGCCUACAUCAGCCCAGACGUGCUCAGCGGCCGGCCGUACCGGGGCAAGCCGAGUGACAUGUGGGCCCUGGGCGUGGUGCUCUUCACCAUGCUCUAUGGCCAGUUCCCGUUCUAUGACAGCAUCCCCCAGGAGCUCUUCCGCAAGAUCAAGGCCGCGGAGUACACCAUCCCAGAGGAUGGGCGCGUGUCCGAGAACACCGUGUGCCUCAUCCGGAAACUGCUGGUCCUCGACCCCCAGCAGCGCCUUGCCGCUGCCGACGUCCUGGAGGCCCUCAGUGCCAUCAUCGCGUCGUGGCAGUCCUUGUCAUCGCUGAGCGGCCCUUUGCAAGUGGUUCCUGACAUCGACGACCAGAUGAGCAACGCAGACAGCUCCCAGGAGGCGAAGGUGACGGAGGAGUGCUCCCAGUACGAAUUCGAGAACUACAUGCGCCAGCAGCUGCUGCUGGCCGAGGAGAAGAGCUCCGUGCACGAGGCCCGGAGCUGGGUGCCCAAGCGGCAGUUCGGCAGCGUGCCCCCUGUGCGGCGGCUGGGCCACGACGCACAGCCCAUGAACCCCCUGGACGCGGCCAUCCUGGCGCAGCGCUACCUGCGCAAGUAGCCCCAGCGCCGCCUCUUCCGACGCCCAGCCGGGGCCCCAACGCUCCCCCACCGGCUCCGUCGGCCGGCCGGGCAGGGACAGCGCAGGGCACACACGGGGUCAGCAGACGGACCACGAAGCUACCUUGAGAAUGAUCGCUUGAUUGUUUGGUUUUUUAAUCUGAGAAGCCUAGAUAACUAAUCUGCUUUUAAUCACGACGUUUUAAUCUACCUCCGGCUCUUUAACCGCGCUGUCUCCGGACUGAGUGAGAGGGAGGAGGAGGGAGCCCGCCCAGCGGACCCCCCACGCCCCCCCAGACAAAUAAGCUGAACACGCAGCUCGCUGCUGGCUCCCAAAAUGAACACCCACUGCCCACUGCCCUCCCCGGGCCCCUCCAGGCUGUCUGACCCUCCCCUUCUGACCCCAGGCCCCUCAGUCCAAGCUUUGGAAAACUUCACCUCAUCUUAAGCAGAAUUCAAAUAUAUUUAUUUUUGUACUGAAACCAACUUCUCUCCCAUCUCUAGGUGGCUUGGCCUGUGGCCACUCCCUGCCCCCACCCCCACCCCCCCACCGACCUGGCUGGACAGCAGGGAGUCCACCGCCCACACGUGGACCCCCUCCUCGCCCCCAGGCUCAGAAGCCCCUUCUUGCCAGCCCCUCCACCUCCAGCCCACCAGUCCCUCCUGUUUCUGGUGAUGGGGAGGCCUUUCUAGACUUGGUUCUCUUUCUCCCAUCUCAGUAGCUUCUCUGAGGUGCUGUAUCCUCGCAUUAAUCCUGGUUUCUUUCUGCACCCGCACCGUGGUACCGAGGUGACAUUGACACAGAUGUGAAUGGGGUGCCUGGUGGUCGGGCAGGGAGGGGAGCGCUGGGCCGACCGUGAAAGGGUGGGCCCUGCUCGCACGUCCUCUUGCUCCCCGCACCCCUCUGUGUUCACAGAAUGGUGGAAGCAUCUGCCCUCCUGUUCUUGCCUCAUAAUGGAUGUGGUGUCUCUCCCAGCAGACCCUGGCCAGGGCCCUUCAUCAGGGCUGUGGGGCUUGUGGGGAGCGCUGUAAGGACUGGGGGGGUCUGCCUGGCUUGAGAACAGCCCUGCUGCCCUUUUUGAGCCGAGAUUUUGAAGUGGAUGCCCGUCUUGCCAGAAACACUGUUCUCACCAGAAUGCCCUUCCUUCCCACUCUCCCUCACUGGACUUGGCCUUGCCCGGUGCCAAGCAAAGACCCCUCCUCUGGCCUAUCCCCCCAGGACCCCCUGGAAAGUCUGAGUUUUCCCCUCCAGGCAGCCCUGGGCCCUCAGGCCCUGUCUGUUCUUGCUCCCCAGUGGGGAGGUGACCGAGGCCUGUGCGACCUUGUUUCCCAGAGUGUGAGCUGCCCCCUCCCCAAAAGCUGACUCACUGUGAGUGACUUGGGCAAGUUCCCAAACCUCCUUGUGCCUCAGUUUCCCCAUCUGGAAAAAAUGGGGCCACCUCUUGCCAGCAGUAGCAGGGCCGCCCAUGCCCCUUCCUCCCCAUGCCCCCAUCCCAGCACUUGGGCGCCUCAUGCCUCUGCCUCAGUGGGUCUGUGGGAGCCCGCCGGAGCCCAGCACUUAUCCCCCCGAGCACCAAGCCCUGCCUCUACCAGCGGCCAGCCGCCGAGGGCCAGGGUGUCGUGCUGCGGGGCGGGGGAUGGCCUCUUUUCUAUAUUUAUUUCAAAAAGAAGUCUCCCAAGGGAGUAGAAAUGCAGUCUGGCCCAGGGCUCCCUGCCCCUGUGACUGUCCUCCCGUGAGGGUCUCGGCCGUGCCCCUGUCCAGCAGCCUGCCGGACCCUCUGGGCCUGCUUGCCACAGGUGGGCUUUCUCCUCCUUUUCAGAGCAAUACCCUCGGGGGUCUGCGGAGCCUUAUCAGGCUGCGCCCUCCAAGGUCAGCCCUGUGUCUGACGUUUGUGGCAAAGCAAAAGAGAGGAGGCUGGGCCCGCCCUCACCGGGUGUCACACGCUGAGAGGUCCUGUUGUAAAGAAACAAAACAGAAAAAGUCACAAAAAAGUUUGUAUAAAGACAUAUUUUUGUACUACAUGGGGACUCUUCCUGCAUGUCAGCAAUAAAACUUCUGACCUGGAGCCAG